AUGGAAAUUAAACAAGAACCACUUUCAUUGCCACCACCGUCACCUCCCACUCUCCUUAUUCCUAACGUAUUGAACACUAAUGAUUCGAUCAUGACUAUGCUACCAUUUGCUCAAUAUCAUGAUGAAUCAAAUGUUAAAGCUGAAUCUGAAGGAAUGGAAUGUAAUUAUCGAGUGACAAAUGAUGAUCGUGCUUGGAAUUCAUUCUUGAAAAAAGGUCAGUUUAUAGAAUCUGGAGAAUUUCGAUCAGUGACAUCACGUGCUGGCACAAAAUGCUCUAAAAAGAUUCAAGAUGAAUAUAAGCAAACGAGUACAACAUCUUCGACACAAAACCAACAUUUUCAGAUAUCGAAAACAUUACCCAUGGCAGAACAGAUAGCACAAGAGAUUAUGAUAGAUAUCAAAACAUCUAUUGAAAAUGCCAUAGAGCUUGCUAAUACACAAAUAGCAACUGAAUCACACCAUGAAAAAACUGCGUAA